AUGAACGCCUGCGUGACGACGCGCCGUGCCGCAGCAGCCGCAGCUCGCGCCCAGUGCUGCCGCCGCAGUGCGCACAUCGACAAUGGGCCUCGCAAGUCGCGCAUCGCGCCAAAGUCGAAAGCCAAGGCACCCGAGCCCACGAUGCCCUAUAAACCCAGAGCGUCGCAAGCCCGUCCUCGACCACCGCCCGGCGCGAAAUCACGAUCCCAACCACCACCGCAGGCCGACACCCUCCUGACCGUGUGGCGCGCGACAUGGCUUCCGCUCAGUGGCGCCGCCCUCGUCGCCGGCGCCCUCGGCUUCUACAUCUUCGGCACGGCCGCCGCGACCCUCCGAUCCUCCCCCUGCGCAUGCGAUGCCGACCACUCCGACGCGGCGCCCACCGGCCGCCCGCCCGCCCUCACGGGCGACAACGCCGAGCAGUUUGACAAGGAGCUCAACUGGCCCGAGUUCUGGAUGGGCAUCACGAGCCUCCGGCGGCGCCUCGCCGAGCACGCGCGCGGCGACGUGCUGGAGCUGGCCAUGGGCUCCGGGCGCAACCUCGAGUAUUAUGACUGGUCGCCCAUCACCAACGCGCUCGAAGCGGCCAAGGACGAGACCAAGGCCAAGAAGCUGCGACGCUCCUUCAAGGGCAUCACCUCGUUCACCGGCCUGGACAUCUCGGUCGACAUGCUCGACGUGGCGCGCCAAAAACUCACAAAGACGGUGCCGCCACUGAAAGACGCGGCGCCGAUUGUGCGCGCCUCGUCCAUGGCGGACCACACCGGCGGGCAGCUCGCCUUUCUCGACGGACGUCUGCGCCUCGUCCACUCGGACGCGCACCACGCGCUCCCCGCGGCUCGCACCUUUGCCACCCCCUCCACCACCACCGCCAACAACAAAAAAUACGACUCCAUCAUCCAGACGUUUGGCCUGUGCUCCGUGUCCGACCCCGUCGCCGUGCUCACCAACCUCGCCUCGGCUGUCAAGCCGGGCACGGGGCGCAUCGUGCUGCUCGAGCACGGCCGGGGCUUCUUCGGGCUCGUCAACGGCCUGCUGGACCGGAACGCCGGCAAGCACUUUGAAAAGUACGGGUGCUGGUGGAACCGCGACAUCGAGGCGCUCGUCGAGGAGGCGGCGCGCAAGACGCCCGGGCUGACGAUUGUCAGGGUCGAGAGGCCCAAGGUGCUGCAGAUGGGCACGCUGGUGUGGGUGGAACUCAAGGUGGAGGAGCAGACGCCGGCCGUGGCAAAGCAAUAG